AUGCCAUUGACGACCCCAACCCGGAGAAAUCCUGGGCAGAGCUUCAUGACCCAAACCCUGGGAGCUGGAGCUGGGGAGCGUCUUCUGUACUGGCGACCGGCCAUACCUUCAACAACGAUCCUGUCAGGACUUCGACGGCUUGACGGGAACUCGCCACCAUCCGCCGGGUGCAAGAGUGCCCGAACUCUCGUGGUAGAGCCCGGUGGUCCUUCGGCCGGCGGCCAGGCCAUGGUCUGGGGCAAUGCCGAGAUCAUCUCCAAGCGGUGGAGCAACGGCACCAUGGACAUUCUUGGCUGGGACCCUCGCGGCGUCAAUGCGACGUAUCCCGCCAUUUCCUGCUUUGCUAGCGAUGCGCACCGAGAUCGCUGGAGAAUGCUCACCGGCAAGAAUCGACGGCUCGUGGGUAACACUGGCGCCCUCCAGCAGCUCAGGGUUGCCGAUGCCAUGAAUGACGCCAUGUUUCAAUACUGCCUCUUCAAAUACGGCGACCUGCCGCGCUUCAUGACGACCGCCUCUGUUGUUCGUGAUCUGGAGAAUAUACGCCAGGCGCUUGGUGAGGACGAGCUCACCGGCUUCAUGGUCAGCUACGGCACGGGUAUCGCGUAG